UUGCCGUGGAGACCGAUAGCAACACCGGGGCUGAGGCAGACGCCUGGAGGCGAUGGCCACGUUAGCUCGGCUGCAGGCUCGGUCGACGUUCGUGGCUCAGCAGUACUACUACAGGAACAGUGUUGUAGAUGUAUUUAGGAAAAAGGAGUAUGAUGCAGCAGUUAAAAUCCAGAGCUGGUUUCGAGGAUGUCAAGUUCGGGCAUAUAUCAGGUAUUUACAUAGAGUAGCAACUGUUAUUCAAAAAUGGUGGAGAGGUUACUCAGGCAGAGAAGAGUAUCGGCUACUUGUAAAGUUCGCAUCUUGUGCUAUGAAGAUGAAUUUCUACAACGCAAUGGCUGUCAGGAUUCAAAGGCGAUGGCGAGGCUAUAGGAUUCGGAAGUAUUGCUUUAAUUAUUUUUAUUUGAAGGAGUACCUGAGAGCUGUUUCAGAGACCAACGAUGCAAUUAGGGAGGCACUGGAGGAGUUUGCAGAGAUGAAAGAAAGAGAAGAGAAGAAGGCCGACCUCGAAAGGGAAGAGAAGCAAAGAGAUUCCCAAGCCCGAAAGAUGCAUUACCUCCUCAGCACAAAGCAGAUUCCGGGUAUAUACAAUUCACCAUUCAGAAAAGAUCCUGAUCCCUGGGAGUUGCGAUUACAAAAGGCAAAGCCUUUAACAUCCCAAAGGUCUAAAGUUAAAGACAAGCGCUGGGUCAGCCCGAACAGUUGGCUGGAGUGUACGAGUGCCCGUUCCUUUCCUCGAUCGGAAGUUCUGCCACCCAUCGAUAGGAAACAAUGUCAGGGACCAUUCCGUGAUAUCACUGAAGUAUUGGAACAGCGCUACAAGCCUUUGGAGCCAACGUUGCGGGUAGCAGAACCAAUCAAUGAGUUAAAUGUGGCCAGAGAGGAGUUCAGAAGACAGGAAUGGAUGCGAAAUAUAAAUGACAAUAUGUUUUUGCCAUUUUCUACUUACCAUAAAAAUAAAAAGUAUACCCCAUUAAUGCAUUCGUCAAGCAAGUAUGGUCCCAAUUCUUAUGGAAGUCGUCAUUUUAGAGAUGAAAAUCCCAAGAAAUGGAUCUGUGACAAGGAUUUCCAAACUGUAUUACCAUCAUUUGAUCUCUUCUCAAAGUAUGGAAAAUUAUAUUCAAAAGCUGGGCAAAUUAUCUAAAGUCAUAAUGAAUUAGCAAAAAAAAAAAAAAAAGAAGAAGAAGAAGUAGAAGAAAGAAAGAAACAAACAAAACCUAAGAUUUCUUUAGUAUCUUCUUCUUGACUCUGUGGUCCUUUGAAUAAAGAUGAUACAACAACCCACUUGCUGAUAGGAAGACAUUCUGCUGUGUUUCUCCAUGACUGAGGCACAUGGGCUGAGCAUCCCAUGUGUCUAAUGGCACACACCAUCAGCUUUGGUUACUAGUACCUGCAGCAGUGUAGAAUGAGGUUAGAGAAUAGGAUAAUUCCAGAAGAUAAGAGUCAAAUCACAGCACAGCCUCUCAGACUUUCCACUGAGCCAGCUCUCAGGGAAGAAGACUUAAAUAGAGAAUUUGAGAACUCAUCUUACUGGGUUCUUUUUCUUCUUCUUUUUUUUUUUCCUUAAAAUUUAUUUAUUUAUUUAUUUAUUUGACAGAGC